AUGAACGACAGUCAAGAAAAGAAUUCAUGUCCAUUUAUUCGAGUUGUAACGCAUAAAAAUGGUAUACUCGUUCAUUUAGGCCAACUGGUCAGUUUAUCUGAAGAUCAGAAAUCAUUUAUCAUGCGCAAUGUGAUUAGUUUCGACCCGUUAAGAGUACAUGAACGAACAAUUUCAACAUUAGAACCAGCGGAAAUUCUUGCACUCACUGAAUCCAAACUUCAAAGUCAACAUGGUAAAAGGGGAAAUUUAUUGUCUGAUUAUUUACAAAAUCAAAUGAUGUUCAAUGCUUCAGUGAA